GAGAGCUUUCUUGUUCAUUUUUCUACUUUUUAAGAACGAACUGUACUCCUCUGUUGCUCCUUUGAACUUUGGUUCAGUGAGGGGUGGAAUACUCCCCCAGCCCCUGCACUGGAGACAUUGGCAAGAUGAAAUGGCUCACAGGUUUUCUCGUCUGGUUCUUUCUUUCUGAGGUGCAAGGCUUCAAAAUCCCCAUCAAUGAGGAUCCAUAUUUUGUAGAAUAUGAAGAUCUUGUGGAACUGGCCCCAGGCAAAUUGCAAUCUGUGCCCGAGAACCGGAGGCAUCAGAGAAGUGUUUCUGGAGAAUCUGAAGAAACCACGGAAAAUGUUGAUCAAGUAACUCUUUAUAGCUACAAAGUCCAAUCCACUGUUACUGCUCGUAUGGCCAACACCAUGAUCCAGACCAAAGUGGUGAACAACUCCCCACAGCCUCAGGAUGUCGCGUUUGACAUUCAGGUUCCCAAAGGGGCCUUCAUUUCCAACUUCUCCAUGACUGUAGACGGCACCACAUUCACUAGUUCCAUUAAGGAGAAAUCUGUGGCCCGAGCGCUGUACUCACAGGCAAGAGCAAAAGGCAAAAGUGCCGGAUUGGUGAGGAGCAAUGUUCUUGAUAUGGAGAACUUCAAAACCAAAGUGAACGUCCUCCCUGGAGCAAAGGUGCAGUUUGAACUUCAUUACCAAGAAGUGAAGUGGAGGAAGCUGGGGUCCUAUGAACACAGGCUUCAUCUGCAUCCAGGACGGCUGGCCAAACACUUGGAGGUAGAUGUGUGGAUUAUUGAACCUCAAGGAUUAAAAUUUCUUCAUGUUCCUGAUAUAUCUGAUGGCCAUUUUGAUGGUGUUCCAGUCAUAUCUAAAGGACGCCAGAAGGCCCAUGUGUCCUUCAAGCCUACAGUAGCUCAACAAAGAAAAUGUUCCAACUGCUCUGAGACUGCAGUGGACGGAGAGCUGGUGGUAUUGUAUGACGUGAACAGAGAGGAGAGUGCCGGGAAACUUGAGGUAUUUAAUGGAUAUUUUGUCCACUAUUUUGCUCCUGAAAACAUGGAUCCAAUUCCCAAAAACAUCCUCUUUGUCAUUGAUGUCAGUGGCUCAAUGUGGGGAAUAAAAAUGAAACAAACAGUGGAAGCAAUGAAAACCAUAUUGGAUGACCUGAGAACUGAUGACCAGUUCUCUGUGGUUGAUUUCAACCACAACGUGCGAACCUGGAGAAAUGACUUAAUCCCAGCUACUAAAACACAGGUUGAAGAUGCCAAGAGGUAUAUUGAGAAAAUCCAGCCCAAUGGAGGCACAAAUAUCAAUGAGGCGCUCCUGCGGGCCAUCUUUAUUUUGAAUGAAGCCAAUAACUUGGGAAUGCUGGACCCCAACUCAGUUUCUCUGAUCAUUUUGGUUUCUGACGGCGAUCCAACAGUAGGUGAACUAAAGUUGUCAAAAAUUCAGAAAAAUGUGAAGCAGAACAUACAAGACAACAUCUCCUUGUUCAGUCUGGGAAUAGGAUUUGAUGUCGAUUAUGAUUUUUUGAAGAGACUAUCUAAUGAGAACCGUGGAAUUGCUCAGAGGAUUUAUGGAAAUCAGGACACUUCUUUCCAGCUCAAGAAAUUCUACAACCAGGUCUCUACUCCAUUGCUCCGGAAUGUUCAGUUCAACUAUCCCCAUACGUCAGUAACGGAUGUCACUCAAAACAGUUUCCAUAACUAUUUUAGAGGCUCAGAGAUUGUGGUGGCAGGAAAAUUUGACCCUGAAAAAUCACAGCAAUUACAGAGCAUUAUCACCGCAACUUCGGCCAACACAGACUUAGUUUUGGAGACACUUGCACAAAUGGAUGACUUGGAGGAUUUCUUAUCAAAAGACAAGCAUGCAGAUCCUGAUUUCACCAGAAAAUUGUGGGCCUACCUGACAAUCAAUCAACUUCUAGCUGAGCGAAGCCUGGCUACUACAGCAGCUGACAAAAAGAAAAUUACAAAAACAAUCCUGCAGAUGUCACUGGAACAUCACAUAGUGACCCCGCUCACUGCCAUGGUGAUUGAGAAUGAAGCUGGGGACGAGCGCAUGCUGGCCGACGCCCCUCCCCCGCAAGACCAUUCUUGCUGCUCAGGUGCCCUGUACUACGGCAGCAAGGUUGCUCCUACCUCACUCCCACCUUGGGCCAGCCUCUCACCGACACCCAGGGUCCCAAUGCCUGUGAAAGGAGCUCCUGUGCUUGAGUCCACUCCUCCUCCGCAUGUGAUGAGAGUUGAAAAUGACCCACACUUCAUCAUUUACCUACCAAAGAGUCAAGAGAAUAUUUGUUUCAAUAUUGACUCAGAACCUGGAAAAAUCCUCAACCUUGUUUCUGAUCCAGAAUCAGGGAUUUUGGUCAAUGGACAGCUCAUUGGUGCCAAGAAGCCCAGGAAUGAAAAACUAAGCACCUAUUUUGGAAAACUGGGAUUUUAUUUCCAAAGUGAAGACAUGAAAAUAGAAAUUAGCACUGAGAGCAUCAUCCUCAACCAGGGCACUCGUACGUCGGUCUUAUCCUGGUCUGACACAGCUCAGGUCAUUCAUCAGAGGGUGCUUGUCUCAGUGAAGAAAGAGAAAACCGUGACGAUCACCCUGGAUAAGGAGAUAUCCUUCUCUGUGUUACUUCAUCGCGUUUGGAAGAAGCAUCCGAUCAACGUAGACUUUUUAGGGAUCUACAUUCCCUCCUCAAACAAGUUUUCGCCUAAAGCACAUGGACUAAUAGGCCAGUUCAUGCACGAGCCAAAUAUACACAUCUUCAAUGAGCGGCCCGGAAAUCACCCUGAGAAGCCAGAGGCGACCAUGGAGGUGAAAGGACAUAAGUUGGUUGUCACCAGAGGCCUGCAGAAAGACUACCGAACAGAUCAAAUAUUUGGAACAGAUGUUCCCUGUUGGUUUGUACACAAUAGCGGAAAGGGUUUCAUCGAUGGACACUACAAGGAUUACUUUGUACCUCAGCUCUAUAGCUUCCUCAGAUGGCUUUAA